AUGGUGUGUAACGGUGGCAGAGUGGCCAAACUCCUUACCUUACCACAGGCAGAGGAGUUCUUGGUGCAAAAACUGCUUCUCAAAAAUUCGGAUGUUCCUGUUAUCAUGAAUACAUAUUUUAGUCAGAAGGUGCUAAUCAGUGAACAAUCAGAAACAAGAGAGAAGACAUACGGUCUCACAAAGAUGCUCAUUAGGAAGAAUAUUAUAUCUCUGGCACAGACAUUCAGACUAGAUGACCUUGAUGGUGAGUUACGGCAGGAAUCUUCAGAUAAUCAGGUUGCCUGUGCUUCGCAAAUCCAUAACAACUGUGAUUCCAAGCGGCAUCCCUUAGCACACAGUGCUGUUAAUGAUUCUCUGCUUGAAAUGGUGGAAAGCCAGGGAGCAGUGGGAUGGAGAGAGGCGCAGGUGCGAGUCGUUAUCCAAAGGGUCUACCGUUUGCCUGCAAGAGAAGGUUACGGAAGCCACAACCAAGGAAACAAGUCUCUUUGUGCAACACCCAUCCUGAAUUCAGAUCCGCCAAACGUUAGGUUAUGCCUCCUUGUCCAGGACGCCUACGGUAUGUUCAGUGAAGUGCAGCUGCAGUCGCUGAGUUCUGCAGCUGACAUCCAGCAGUAUUGCAGGAGAUGGGAAGGAAAAUUCUGCUGCCUAGCUGGAAUGAAAAUUUUGCAAAGAACUACAAGAGGAAGGACUUUAGGACUUUUUAGUCUAAUAGACAGUCUGUGGCCUCCAGUAGUGCCUGUAAAAGUUCCUGGACAAAGUCAAGACUCUGAAACGAUGACAACUAAUCUUCCUCCUCCUAGCUUCUGCUAUAUUCUUACUGUUCAGUCUGGUGAAAUACAUGUGGAAGUGGAUGAGGAAGAACAGAUUUCUGAUUUGUACCAGCCCCCAGCUGUUCAUGGUCUAAAGGAAAUCCUUCAGACAAAACACAGUGUUCCUAUGAAUCAAAGAGAAAUUUGGUUGUUUGUGACUGACUCCACAUUGCAAAAUGUAGUUGAUACCACUCCGAAAGUUGUUGCCGUGUCAGUCGCUGCAUCGUGUGUUCUCAGUACGGAAAUCGCAGAAGCCCUCAGCGCUGCCUCGCGACUCGUCUUCUUCAAGGAUGCGCUGUUGGGAAACGGUAGGAUUAUUUGUGUUGAACGUACUGUUCUCUUAUUACAAAAGCCUCUUUUGUACUCGGCUGCCGGUGCUGACCUCAGUGAGCCGACUGGCCCUGUCAGACUCGAUGAGCUGGAUUCUACAACACCGGCCAACUCCGUUUGUGCUGUCAGAG